CACUUCAUCAGGUUGGCCUACAAGGCGAUAGGAAAUCGUCGCAUGGCUCUACAGGCCAAGAUUAGGAAUCUUCUUCAGGAGAUGGAUGAAUUAGAGCAACCUGGAUAUCCUCACGCUAAAAUUAUAAAGGGUUUUGCCUUAAUGUUAAGCUUGGCCAGGGCUCAAGAUGCAGAUUUGCAGUUCAUAAGCGUUUUAAGUAAAGAUUCCAAAAACAUUCCCUCCCUGAUUGGACGCGGUUGUUUGGCCUUCAAUCGCCAGGAUUACAUAGGAUCCUUAGGAUUUUUCAAGAGUGUUCUGAUGAUCGAUCCCCGAGGACCCGCCGAUGUCCGCGUGGGAAUAGCUCACUGUUUUCUGAAAUUGGGUGAACUAGAUAGUGCUCGUCGUUUCUUUGAAAUGGCUCUCGCACAAAAUGGAAAAUGUGUAAAUGCUCUUCUUGGAUUGGCCAUGCUGAAACUCAAUCAACGGGAGAAGCAAUCAACUCAGGAGGGCAUGAAUCUGAUAUGUGCUGCUUUCGAACUUAAUAAUCACAAUCCAGUUGUUUUAUCUAUUCUGGCAGCUCAUUUUUAUUUUGUGAGGAAUCACAAGAUGGUCUUGACCUUAGCUGCAAAUGGCUUUAAGCACACAGAUAUACCCGAGUUGCAAGCUCAGAAUUGCUUUCAGAUUGCAAGGAGUUUUCAUGCAACAGGACAAUUCAGCCCGGCCAAGAAAUUUUACCAGCUAUCCGUGAAAUUGGCACCAAAAGGGUAUGUUCUUCCCCAAAUGGGAUUGGCACAAAUGCAUUUGAGAUGCGGGGAAUCAGACAAGGCUAAGAUCUGUUUGGAAACAUUUCUAAAGUUCAUGCCAGAUGAGCCAAAUGCAUUGAGGUUGCUGGCCAAAUUGUAUCUAAGCGAAAGAUCACCAGGACAAGUUGAUAAGGCCAUUGAAAUGUUGCUGAAAGUGGUGAAAAUCCCUUUCGGUCGCCAGGAUUAUGAUAGUUGGUUGAGUCUGGCAUUUGCCUAUGAGCAGAAAGAGAAUUUUAUACCGGCCAUUUUUGCCUACCACGAGGCAAUGAGAAUCUACGCUGAUCAGGGUCUACAGAUCCCGAUCGAAUGGCUCAAUAACCUGGCUGCCACUCAAUGGCUGGCCAAAAAGCCAGAGGAAGCACUCAAAACCCUCGACGAUGCUAUCGAAAAAUGCAAACUAGAGAAUGGCGACCACAAUGUCACAAAUUUGCUGACCAUGCACUUCAAUCGCGGUCGGAUAUUGGAGGAUCUUAACAAUAUAUUCUUGGCUGCGAAAAUGUACAAUGACAUUACCCUUAAAUACCCUCAGCACAAUGACUGCUUUCUGAGACUGGGAAUCUUGGCAAUGCAGCGAAAUAAACUCAUCAGAGCUAUUGAAUUUUUUAAGUGUGUCUUGGCUAAGGACAGCGAUGACUUUUUGGCCAGGACUUACAUGGCAGACUGCUUUAUGAAGAUGAACUGCAGUAAGAAGGCAGUUUCCUAUUAUAAUCUAAUCCUGCGCAAUUCCUCCGAACAAAACGAUACCUACACCAUGCUGGCCAUGGGAAAUUUCUGUCUGAAGAAAGUUCAGAACUCCAAGGGUAGGAAAAACUCCUUCUCGAAUAAGCAACUGCUUCUUAGAGCAUUAAAAUGUUACGCAAAAGUUCUUGAAUGCAAUCCACGUAACUUGUGGGCAGCCAAUGGAAUUGGGGCCAUUCUAAGUUUUUGCAAAAAACUCUCCGAGGGUGAAGUUAUUUUCAAGCAAAUUUUGGGGGCUGGUAAGUGUUUCUCCGCCCUUCUAAAUUCAGCUCACAUUGCCCUAAAAUUGGGCCAAUUCAAACAAGCCAGUCAGACUUACAAGCAAUGUUUGGAAGAGUGUCUUCCAGAAAAGAGGGUUGAGGUAAUUCAUUAUCUGGCCAGAUCUCUAUAUGGCGAGGAAAAUGCUGGGGAGGCUAAAAUGUGGCUAAUAAAGGCAAGACACUUAGCACCACAGGAUCCCUCGCUCCUUUUUAAUUUGGCCCUGACCAUCAAGGAGAAUUCGAAACAGAUCUUUGGUAAUUCACAACCCCGAUUCGAAGAGCUUAAACGUGCGGAACUCGAGCUGAAAGUGGCCUUAAAUUAUUUUGACCAUUUAUACCUCAAUCAGAGCGAAAUCUUGGUAAGAGCUUGUGCUAAAGGGGCAAAGGUAUGCCAGAAGCUAUUGAACAAAUUACCUGAAGCCCUCCAGCGCGUUCGUCUUUUGGAACUUUCUGCAGAUGACCGCAUUCGAUUGCAGGAAGAGCGAUUAAGGGCACUUCAGGAGCAACAAAAGGAGCAGAGUCUUCGAAAGCAGGAAGAGGAACGUCUCCUUUUAGAGAAAAAGAUAUCAGAACGACAAAAAGUCCUGGAGAGAUCGAAGAAAAUAAUGGCCGCUGGUUUAGAGGACAAACCUAGCGAACCAAAGUCGAAGAAUUCAAAGAAGGGUGGCAAAAAAAGGCAGAAAGAACCGAAUCCAGAUGGAAAAUCAGAUGAUUCAUCCGGUGAAAAACCCGCCAAGAAGUCUCGCAAAAAACAAAAUAAAUUAGAAAAAACUAGGAAGGCCAAAGACGUUAAAGCUCCCGAAAAUGAUUGUGUUCAGAAAUACAAGUCAAAGGAAUUUAUUUCUUCUGAAGAAGACAGCUCAGGAGAUGAUAAAAUGGAGAAGAAUAUAGAAUCAGAGGUUGAGAAUCAAGCAGAAUAAAUAUCUGGAAAGCGCCAGGAAAAUUUUACUAAAUGAGAAUGAAAAUAGAUUUAAUAACAGGCUGUAUGGAAAAGAAAAACAAUUUCAAUCUAUGCCAAUACACCUGAAUGCUGUGCAUUAAAUGACUACACCUAUUUGA